AUGACUUGUCUUUCCAGGAAGGCAAACGUUGUUGCGUUCUUUCAUCCUUACUGCAAUGCUGGUGGAGGUGGUGAGCGGGUACUAUGGUGCGCUAUUCGGACCAUGCAACAGAAAUGGCCUGAUGUCGAGUUUUUCGUCUAUUCUGGUGAUUAUGAUUCCACGAAGGAGCAGAUACUCUUAAAAGCUAAGCAACGAUUUGGAAUCACCGUGAAUCCGAAAAAUGUGCAUUUUAUUUUUCUUCGACUCCGUCGAUUAGUGGAAGCAGACCUAUAUCCUCGGUUCACUCUUCUGUUACAAACAUUGGCUGGGUUUAUUCUUGGAUUCGAAGCUUUACUGAAACUAAAUCCGGAAGUUUUUAUCGAUAGCAUGGGAUAUGCGUUAACUCUCCCUUUAUUCAGGUGGAUAGCUGGUAGCCGCGUUGCUGCAUAUGUCCAUUAUCCGACUAUUUCUCAUGACAUGAUUGAUUUGGUGUCGCGACGCGAGCGAACAUAUAACAAUGCCGACCUUAUUGUGCAGAACAAUCUUCUGAGCCAUGCGAAGCUGUUGUAUUACCGUAUAUUUGCAUUCUUCUAUGGUCUGUGUGGUCGUGCAACUGAAGUUGUGAUGGUGAAUGGAAGUUGGACAGGUGGACACAUUAGACGUCUAUGGCAUUGCCCGGACGCGAAGGUAGUUUUUCCACCAUGCGAUGUUACGGCCUUUCUUGCACUCGAACAAGUAGCCGAAGAGAGGUUAGUUCAUCACAAUGUCCUGAGAAUUCUGUCGAUUGGUCAAAUUCGUCCUGAGAAGAACCAUAAGAUGCAAUUAGAAGUUAUAAGGAUGUUAAAGGAAGAGUUGGCCAAGCGUAAUAAUAACAUCAAGGUGAGGCGACUACUUUUCAAGGUAUUGUGUGCGAAGUUGGGGCUUGACUCGAAUGUAAACUGGAAGCUCAAUGUGCCUUAUGAGGAGCUGCUUGACCUACUUUCGGAGUCCUUGAUUUCAAUCCAUACAAUGUGGAAUGAACAUUUCGGUAUUUCUGUUGUUGAGGGAAUGGCUGCUGGGACAAUCAUGUUGGCACAUGACUCUGGCGGACCGCAAAUGGACAUCGUUACAUCUAUAGAUGGUUUCUUGGCAGCAACGAAAGAGGAAUAUGUUAGACUCAUACUGCACACUGUGGAAAUGUCACGAAUUGAGCGCGACGCUGUUCGAGAAGGUGCACGAGCAUCAGUGAACAGAUUCAGUGAGAGAGAAUUUGAGCGAAAAUGGAAUGCUGCCAUUGGACCUUUGUUAACGUAG